GCGGCAGCGGUAGCGGCAGCCGCAGCCUCAGCUCCUGCUACCGGUGCCGCCGGCCCCAGCGCUGUCUCCCGGGCCCCCCCGGGCCCCCGGGCCCUCGAGCCCGGUGCGUGCCCUCGCGUCCCGCCGGCCCCCUCCCCCGGCUGGGCCCGGGGGAGGGUGGCGCCGUGAGCGAGCGGGGACUGGGCUCUCUUGCCCGUUCCCCUGCCCCUGGGCCGCCAGAAUGGAGGCGGGGUCGGGGCCCCCGGGCGGUCCGGGAUCAGAGAGCCCCAACCGGGCGGUGGAGUAUCUGCUGGAGCUGAACAACAUCAUCGAGAGCCAGCAGCAGCUGCUGGAGACCCAGCGUCGGCGCAUCGAAGAGCUGGAGGGCCAGCUGGACCAGCUCACCCAGGAGAACCGAGACCUGAGGGAGGAGAGCCAGCUGCACCGCGGGGAGCUGCACCGGGACCCCCACGGCGCGCGGGAUAGCCCCGGCCGCGAGAGCCAGUAUCAGAACCUGCGCGAGACCCAGUUCCACCACCGCGAGCUGCGGGAGAGCCAGUUCCACCAGGCGGCCCGGGACGUGGGCUACCCGAACCGGGAAGGCGCCUACCAGAACCGAGAGGCUGUGUAUCGGGACAAGGAGCGGGACGCCUCAUACCCGCUCCAGGACACUAGCGGUUACCCAGCCCGCGAACGCGACGUUGCCCAGUGCCACCUGCACCACGAGAACCCAGCCCUGGGUCGUGAGCGUGGCGGGCGGGAGGCCGGGCCAGCGCACCCGGGCCGAGAGAAGGAAGCUGGCUAUUCGGCGGCGGUGGGCGUGGGGCCCCGGCCACCGCGGGAGCGGGGCCAGCUGAGCCGUGGCGCAUCCAGGAGUUCCAGCCCCGGGGCCGGCGGUGGUCACAGCACCAGUACCAGCACCAGUCCGGCCACAACCCUCCAGAGAAAAUCUGAUGGUGAGAAUUCCAGAACAGUCAGGUCCACAGCGUCUCAUACUCUACACCAGUAUUGCUGUCCUACUCAGGUCCUUGACUCCAUGAAGCUUACCCCCUCAGGCAGGCUGGCAGAGAGCAGUGUGGAGGGUGAUGCCCCAGGCAGUGACCUGAGCACAGCGGUUGAUAGUCCUGGGAGCCAACCCCCCUACCGGCUGAGCCAGCUGCCCCCCACCAGUAGCCACAUGGGGGGCCCCCCUGCUGGGGUGGGCCUUCCCUGGGCUCAGCGGGCUCGCCUCCAGCCAGCCAGUGUCGCCCUGAGGAAGCAGGAAGAGGAGGAGAUAAAGCGCUCCAAGGCCCUAUCGGACAGCUAUGAACUCUCUACGGACUUGCAGGACAAGAAGGUGGAAAUGCUGGAGAGGAAGUAUGGGGGCUCCUUCCUGAGCCGCAGGGCUGCCAGGACCAUCCAGACAGCCUUCCGCCAGUACCGCAUGAACAAGAACUUUGAGAGGCUCCGCAGCUCAGCUUCAGAGAGCCGCAUGUCCCGCCGCAUCAUCCUUUCCAACAUGCGGAUGCAGUUCUCCUUUGAGGAGUACGAGAAGGCACAGAACCCCGCGUACUUCGAGGGCAAGCCUGCCUCGCUGGACGAGGGUGCCAUGGCUGGUGCCCGGAGUCACCGGCUUGAACGGGGGCUCCCAUAUGGAGGCUCCUGUGGAGGGGGCAUCGAUGGUGGGGGAAGCUCCGUCACCACAUCUGGAGAGUUUUCCAAUGACAUCACAGAGCUAGAGGACUCCUUCUCCAAACAGGUAAAGUCUCUGGCUGAAUCCAUCGACGAGGCCCUGAACUGCCACCCAUCGGGGCCCAUGUCUGAGGAGCCAGGGUCAGCCCAACUGGAGAAGCGAGAGUCGAAGGAACAGCAAGAGGACAGCUCGGCAACAUCCUUCAGUGACCUUCCUCUCUACUUGGAUGACCCAGUUCCCCCACCUUCCCCUGAGCGACUGCCCAGCACAGAGCCUGCACCCCAGAGCCGUCCUGAGUUCUGGGCACCAGCCCCUCUCCCGCCAGUUCCUCCACCAGUGCCACCAGGGACCCGGGAAGAUGGUAGCCGUGAGGAAGGCACUCGAAGGGGUCCUGGGUGCUUGGAGUGCCGGGAUUUCCGGCUGCGGGCUGCUCACCUUCCCCUGCUUACCAUUGAGCCUCCUAGUGACAGCUCCGUGGACCUGAGUGACCGCUCAGAUCGCGGCUCUGUUCACCGCCAGCUGGUCUAUGAGGCUGAUGGCUGCAGCCCCCAUGGGACCCUGAAGCACAAGGGGCCACCAGGCAGGGCCCCAAUCCCUCACCGCCACUACACAGCCCCGGAAGGCCCAGCCCCAGCCCCGCCAGGGCCCCUGCCACCAGCCCCCACCGGUGGCACUGGGCCCAGCGGUGUGCCUGGGGGUCGGAGGUUGGGGAAGUGCGAGGCAGCAGGUGAGAACUCUGAUGGUGGAGAUAACGAAAGCCUUGAGAGCUCCAGCAAUUCCAAUGAGACCAUCAACUGCAGCUCUGGCUCCUCUUCACGGGACAGCCUGAGGGAGCCUCCAGCCACCGGCCUGUGCAAGCAGACUUACCAGCGAGAGACAAGGCACAGCUGGGACUCGCCAGCCUUCAACAAUGACGUGGUACAGAGGCGGCACUACAGAAUCGGCCUCAACCUCUUCAAUAAGAAGCCAGAGAAAGGCAUCCAGUAUCUGAUCGAGCGGGGCUUCCUGUCAGACACACCAGUGGGAGUGGCUCACUUCAUCCUGGAACGGAAAGGCCUGAGCCGGCAGAUGAUCGGGGAAUUCCUAGGAAACCGGCAGAAGCAGUUCAACAGAGACGUGUUGGACUGUGUGGUGGAUGAAAUGGACUUCUCCUCCAUGGAUUUGGAUGACGCACUCCGGAAGUUCCAAUCCCAUAUCCGGGUUCAGGGCGAGGCCCAGAAAGUGGAGCGACUCAUAGAAGCCUUCAGCCAGCGGUACUGUGUGUGUAACCCAGCCCUCGUGCGCCAGUUCCGGAACCCAGACACCAUCUUCAUCCUUGCUUUUGCCAUCAUCCUCCUCAAUACUGACAUGUACAGUCCCAGUGUCAAGGCUGAACGCAAGAUGAAACUAGAUGACUUCAUCAAGAACCUGAGAGGGGUUGACAAUGGUGAAGACAUCCCUCGAGACCUCCUGGUGGGCAUCUACCAGCGCAUCCAGGGGCGUGAAUUGCGGACCAACGAUGACCAUGUAUCUCAGGUGCAGGCCGUGGAGCGCAUGAUUGUGGGCAAGAAACCGGUCCUGUCUCUUCCUCACCGUCGACUGGUUUGUUGCUGCCAGCUCUACGAGGUGCCAGAUCCAAACCGCCCCCAGAGGCUAGGGUUGCAUCAGCGGGAGGUCUUCCUCUUCAACGAUCUCCUCGUGGUCACCAAAAUUUUCCAGAAGAAGAAGAUCUUGGUGACAUACAGCUUCCGUCAGUCCUUUCCCCUCGUGGAAAUGCAUAUGCAGCUCUUCCAGAAUUCAUAUUACCAGUUUGGGAUCAAGUUGCUGUCUGCAGUACCCGGUGGGGAGCGCAAAGUCCUCAUCAUCUUCAAUGCCCCCAGCCUCCAGGACCGGCUGCGCUUCACAUCCGACCUGCGUGAGUCCAUCGCUGAGGUGCAGGAGAUGGAGAAAUACCGCGUGGAGUCGGAGCUGGAGAAACAGAAAGGUAUGAUGCGGCCUAACAUCUCACAGCCAGGAGGGGCCAAGGACUCAGUGAAUGGCACGCUGGCCCGCAGCAGCCUGGAGGACACAUAUGGGGCAGGCGAUGGGCUCAAACGGGGCGCACUCAGCAGUUCCCUGAGAGAUCUUUCUGACGCAGGGAAGCGGGGGCGGCGUAACAGCGUGGGAUCGCUGGACAGCACCAUCGAAGGGUCUGUUAUUAGCAGUCCACGCCCUCACCAGAGGAUGCCACCUCCGCCCCCACCCCCGCCGCCAGAGGAGUACAAGAGCCAGAGGCCCGUCUCCAACUCCUCAUCCUUCCUGGGCUCCCUAUUUGGAAGCAAGCGGGGCAAGGGGCCCUUCCAGAUGCCACCACCGCCAACAGGCCAGGCCUCUGCCUCCUCUUCAUCUGCUUCUUCCACCCACCACCACCACCACCACCACCACCAUGGUCACAGCCACGGUGGCCUGGGGGUGCUGCCUGAUGGGCAGUCCAAGCUCCAAGCCUUGCAUGCCCAGUAUUGCCAAGGACCCGGCCCUGCCCCACCACCCUACCUCCCACCCCAGCAACCUCCUCUCCCCCCACCUCCUCAGCAGCCCCCGCCCCUGCCCCAGCUGGGUUCCAUUCCACCACCUCCCGCCUCAGCCCCACCUGUGGGGCCACAUCGCCACUUCCAUGCCCACGGCCCAGUUCCAGGCCCCCAGCACUAUACUUUGGGCCGGCCAGGCAGGGCUCCCAGACGGGGGGCUGGAGGACACCCUCAGUUUGCUCCACAUGGCCGCCACCCCCUGCACCAGCCAACAUCCCCACUGCCCCUGUACAGUCCUGCCCCCCAGCACCCUCCAGCCCACAAACAGGGCCCCAAGCACUUCAUCUUCAGCCAUCACCCACAGAUGAUGCCAGCAUCAGGGGCCACUGGAGGCCCUGGAUCCCGGCCUCCAGGGACCUCCUAUUCCCCCCCCCCCCCCCCCCCCCCCCCCCCCCCGCCCUCCCCCCUGCCACCCACCUCCCCCCAUGGCCCAUUGCACGCCUCUGGGCCCCCUGGCACAGCCAACCCACCCACUGCAAACCCCAAGGCCAAGCCAAGUCGGAUCAGCACCGUGGUCUGACGAAUGGAGAGAGUGAGCUGGGGCCCAGGGAGGUCUGGGGAAUCCACAGGAGAGGGGCAUUGCACCCUCUCUGCUUCCUCAGUUUUUCCAAAAUAUAUAUACACAUAGAGAUGUCCUCCUCCCUACUUCCUCCCUGCCUCAGGACCCCUCCUCUAACCCCCAACAGUCGCCAUGGGGUUUCCUUCCAGAUUCGAGGAUCCUUACCACUUGAAGCCUGGAUGCAGGGCUCUCGAGCUCUGGGGAGUGGUGAGGAUCUUCCUGAGAUCCUCGUCCUCGUUUUCCUCUCUUCACCCUCCUCCCUUUCUCCGCAGGGGUCUAGCUGGGUGGCCUCAGACCUCUGGACCAGUAUGAGCUCCCUGUUAACUCUGGCUGGGAGGGAAGGGCAAGUGUCAGGAGCAAUGAGAGCAAAGGCUUCCCCAGGGCACCCCUGGCCAUGUGGGGCUAGGAGGGAGCUCUGUAGAGUUGUGGCCAAACCUCAGCUGGCUCGGCCCUCUCUCUGACCUCAGGGCCUAGCCACACAACUCCAUGUGUCUCUCUGCCUGCUGGAGGACAUGGACUGUCAGUGCACUCGGUGGGUGGGCCCCCACUUAUGCUGUCCCCGAAAUGGGGCAGUGCUUCCUCUCUGGAGCCAGUCUAUGCCCUCUCUCCAGUGGGCCCCAGCCCAGACCUCUUCAGCUUCAAGACCUUGCCUCUCCUUGCAACGUUCUUAUCCUGGUCAAAGUCCAGACAGGUUUAGGGGGGCUCAGGUCUGGGAUGAGAAGGGCACUGCCCUCCCUCACCCAUGUUGCAUGCCCCGCCCUAUUCCCUAACACCUACCCCACCUACAACUGAAGACAAUGCACUUUACAGAUAUCGCCCACACACACCUCGCCGGGGCAGGGCACCCAGCAUCAGCCCUGGCAAGAGAGGCUCCCAGAGGGCCACCAUGAGCCCAAGAUUUCCUUCCUGAGGCACAGAUUGAAGCCUCAGAGCGGGGACUGGGAACCAGGAUGCCUGAGUCCUUCUGUCUGUCAAAAUCUCCGCUGCCUCUCCAACCCCUUUACAACCCUGUUUAUUUAUUAUAAAUAUAUUUUUUACAAGCUCCAGCUCCUCUUCUUGCCCUGCAUACCCAGCUCCUUUCUCAGCUCCUGCCUCCCUCUCCCCUCUCCACCAUGGGCUGAAGUACAGACAGACAGACCCUGGCUGUAUGAAGGGCCAGGGACCCUGAGGCUUGGGGUGGGGGAGGGUGGCAGCGGGAGGGGCUGUAUGGAGAGGGGCUGGGGUUCAGGCAUUGUCUUUUUUCCUCCUUGUAUAUAAGAAUGUAUAUUUGAUGCCUCA